AUGGUGACCUCCGACUUCAAGCUCACCGCAGACCAAAUUGGCAAUUUCAUGCGCCAUGGAUGGGUGCGCGUGCCCAGCUGCUUCUCCAGGGAAAAGGCUGCCGAGUGGACCGCAGAUAGCCUGGGCCGCUAUCUGCGAGCUUCUCGGGGUGAGAACCGAAUCGCAGAACACUCUGCUACCUGGAACGAUGCGUUCAUCGUCAAUCUUGGAACCGGGGAGAUGCUUGGUAAAUGGCCCAAGCCUACAGAACUCAACGGCUGGCAUGUGGAUGGGGAUUUCUUCACCCACUUCUUGGACUCGCCUGAACAGGGUCUGCUGGUCAUUCCCCUUUUCACUGAUAUCCAGGAGCAUGCCGGUGGAACCAUGGUUUGUCCGGAUGCUAUAAAAGUGAUUGCACAAUAUCUGUAUGACCACCCCGAAGGCGUGUCGCCAUAUAUGGUUCCUCGUGGUUCCAAACAGACCAAGAAGGACUUUGAAGAUUUCUACGACGACAUAAUCCAGAAAUGUCACGAAUUUCACGAAAUGACCGGGGAGGUUGGCGAUGUGAUUCUUCUCCAUCCCCUGAUGGUACACUCGGUGUCCGUCAACAGUUUGAGACAUGCUCGCAUCAUCACCAAUCCACCCGUCUCUCUAAAAGAGCCUUUCAACUUUGAUCGCCCGGAUCCAACCAAGUACAGCAUCGUCGAAAGGAAAACAAUCGAGUCAAUCGGAGAGGACCGGCUUCAUGGCUGGAAGACCAAGGGCGACCGAGGAUCCGUCACACCUGGCCGACUGAAAGCCCAAGCGGAGCUAAAAGAACAGGAACUACGGAGACUUAAAUCGCCCCCUGCACCCCAGAAAUCUGGUUGA